UUGAAAUACGAAACUUAUAGUUUAUAGAUAGCAUUCAAAUAGCAAAGUUGUGGAGCGAAAGCACGGUAGAAAUAAGUUCAUGAAAAAGUGAUUAAGUAGUGUUUUUUUGGGCAAAAAUGGAGGCGCAAAGUUUUAUUAGGGGGAAUACAUUACCGCGGCGCAUGCGUUCCUGCUUCUUCCUCGGGAAGAUCAAGUCUGGGGACCUGCGCGGUGUCACCGCGUCAGCAGUCUUUACAAUCAUGAUGAUCGACUUCUGUGCCUACUGGAUCCUCUGGCAGAUCAUCCGGCUUGGCUUGAUGCCGCCGUACGUUGCCGAUAUCCUGAUCGCAUCUUUGGCGGUCCUCGAGGCAGUGAUCACACCCAUGUGGGCGCUGCUGUGGCCGACCAGGAGACGGCGCGUGAUCAUGCUGUGCACCCUGGUAUCAGGGAUCACUGCCUUCCUGCUGAUGUUCAUACCUAGCGUCGACGAGGGGGUUGGAUCAGAAUACUGUUCGCCGACCGCGGGUGUUCGUGGCGAUAGCUCGCAGCUGGUGCUGCAGCUGUUUCUGCUGGUGAUGGUAGCAGUGGCCACCACCUUCUGCCGCGCCGGCAUCUGGUGUCACUCCAUCCUGCUGUUCGAUGAGCACAAGCCCAAGUACUCCACCUUGAACUACGGUGUAAUAGUGAUGAUCCGUGUCAUCGGGUACAUUCUCUUACCGAAGCUGCUGGGUAGUGAGUUCGAGGUUGGCAUCCUGGCGGUUUUGGCCAUAGCGGUUCCUCUGAUUAUCAACGCUUUGCAGUUCUGGAGGAUGCCGGAGUCUUCGCAGGCUCUUGAGAAAUGUCCAAGUGACACGAGUAUAUCAUCGAGUGCGUACCGCAUCUUCACGUCGAAGAUGAUCAUGGGUCAGAUUAUUGGUAUUUCUCUUCUUUGCGGAUCCAUCUGGGGAUUUGGAUGGAAUCAGGACGAGAUAGUUAAGGCGAAAUAUCUCGUGUUGGAGCCAGGCGACUUUUUGGCGAGUCAGCUGUAUCUGUUGCCUACGCUGGCCAUCUUCACAACAGUAUCUCUGUACGGGCUGGUCUACUCUCUACCGGAGGUGUUCAACAAGGUGUCUGGCGCUAAGCUGGCAACACUAUCAUCCAUCUUGCUGGUGAUAUCGUACUGCCUGGCCACCCUGACCGUGUCAUGCGACCGCGGGCAAGUCGCGGGUCUGGACAGUCACUACGUGCAGCCGAAUUGCAGCAGGCACUGCAACUGUCAGUCUCCAUGGAGUGAGUUCAAACCCAUCUGUGUGCUGGACAACCUCACGACAUACAUGUCUCCGUGUCACGCAGGCUGUGAGGGCAUCGACACUAUUGCUGGGGUCACGGUACUGCGUGGCUGCGCGUGCGCGCCGACCCAAGGCUUCCAGCGAGCCAGCUUCGGCGCGUGCAACAUUAACGACUGCAAUGUCGCCUCACAGUUCUUCAGGAUGUUCUACUUCCUCAUCAUUACACUCACUGUGAUGGCGUUGCAAGGCAAGGGUAUGAUACUCCUGCGCACAGUGGAGCCCCGUGACCGGCCUCUCGCAGUGGGCAUCGCUACUGCAGUCACUUUGGUCGUCACUUUCUGCUUCGUACAUUUCUCCUACCUAGCCAUACAAGUGAAAACCUGCGCGUGGCGUGAAGGCGGCAGAUGUCUUCUCCAAGACGAUGAUUUUCCGGUGUACGUGGGCGGCGCCAGCGCAGCUCUAGCCGGGUGCUCUGCUCUCAUCGGCAUCGCCACUUGGGUCGCCCAGUGCCGCAGCAGAAAGAAGGAGGCUGACCACGCUAUGAGACCCCCAAGCAACAGCGCUUUGGACAACACCCCCAAUGCCCCAAGUGGUACCCUAACUAUGAACGCCCCCCCUAAAAAUGCCCCCCCAAGCAACGGUGCCCCAAGUAACGGCACCAUAAGGAUGACUGAGGCGUGAAGAAUCUCAUACGUCUAAUAAGUUGUAGCUAAUAAUUAUAGUUAAAUUACCUCGCAUGGAUACGAAUAGUAAUAAAAAAUCUUAUUUGUAAUCGUGUAAGUAUUAGGCUGUCUGAAAGCAAAGCAGUGAAAAAGACAGAAAAUAUUAAAAUAAAACAUUCCAGAUUGUUAAGUAUAGUUAAAACUGAAAAGUAGAUAAUUAAAAAAACCGACUUCAAAAAAGUUACAAUAAAAUUCGUUGAAUACAGUGUUUUUUCUCA